AGGGCGUGGUUUUGUGUGUUUGCAAAUUUGGGGAAGGCGAAAUGUUUGGCUUUAGAAAGAAGGCCGAAGAUCAGGAGUCCUUGGAGCCUUUCCAAGGGAAAAAGGAAUGCUGUACGAUAGGGUCCUUCAUCAACUACAUGAUAAUAAUCAACUUCGCCGCCAUGUUCCUAGCAUGUGUCAUUGUCAUUGGUUCUCUUGGUACGCUACAGAGUGAUUUAACCAGUGCCCAUGGAGGGAACAGGAGCUGCUAUAUGUACGCUACUUUUAGUGGCAGUGUUGAUGAUGGAGACUGUGACAAUAAGUUUAGUACAGUUGCAACUCAUCCCUGCGAUGGAUCUAUGGUCGCCUUCUCUUUUUUUGCUCUUUUUGCUGUUGCUUUUAGUAUAUCUCUCUUUAUCAAGGGAAUCCUACAUCACGACUUAAAUUGGACGCUGUUCCUUGAAGUGCCUUCUUUAAUCGUUUUCACAGCUGUUGUGUUUGCUAUUUGUGUGAUGAUUAGUAUUGGCAAUGUAGCCACUUGUAACAGCAUUAAGAAUUAUGACAAAUGUGUCAAUCAUAAUUCAGACUCUAGUGGCAAAUACUGCAACAUGACUUUUCCUAAUUCGAAUGCUGAUCAUUUUAAACAUCAAACAAGAGCCAACCUAGCUCAGAACACUGGCUGGUUUGUUUUUCUAUUUAUUGUCAUUGCAUUGGUUAUUUAUAUUAUCCGACUUAUUGUCUAUCUGAGAAGGAGAAAGAAGCAGAGCAUACAGAGGGCACUGGAAAGGGAAGAGUUCCAGGAGACCCAGGAAGAACCAAAAGCUAUUUAGUUUUUUUAAGUAUACGAGGGCCAUACCAUAUAUGAUGAUUAUUACAAUGGCCAUUUUGUAAUUUUUUUUGCUUUUAUUGUAUUGAUGCUAUUAUUAUUAUUAUGGUUAAGUUAUUAACUAAUAGUUAGCAUGCUCCGUAUAACUCCGUUCACUCAUGUCACGUGCUUCAUCAUGUUAAAGAGACCCAGACACACAGAGACAGAGGAGGACCUCCUCUCCCUUCAAGAGAGCUUCUUCUCCUCUAAGGAGCAAUGCUCAACCAAAAUAAGCAAAAGGGAGAGCCAGGAGGCCAGUAGAAACCCGCCUGAGAAGAGGAACAUCAUCUCUUUACCUAGUUCCAUUCCUGCUGAUAUUAGUAAUCAUGAGAGUAUGGAGUUUCAUCAAGAUAUCCCUGGAGUUGUAGAUGUACUUCAGCCAGUUAAAGAUAGGGUACAGCAAGAUCCAAUGGAGCCAGUAAUUCCAGCACCUCCUCCUGGCUAUGGUUUUCCAAAGCCUCAAAAACUAUCACAUUUUGCAAAGAGAGUUAGCAUGCUACGUGUGUAUUUUAAAUAUUUUGACAUCCAGGGAGGAGGAAGAAAAGGAGGUAAAAGUCUUUUUGCUCAGCAAUUUGAUUCUCAGAAUGUCAGUCUGAGUACGCCUGAAGCCAUGGAAGGAGAGGGAGGAGAGAGAGACAAGAUUGAACCACUUGUAGCUCAAGUAAAAGAGAGACUGUUCAUAAGUGAUAAAACUAUUGUUGAUACCAAUUCUCAUGCAUUUGCUCAAUCGAGACUGAUAAGUGGGGAUGGGCUAAGAGACGUGGGUGCAACCCCUCUUGAAGUUGAGAAGGAACUCUCCAGCAUACACACUGAGAAUACUCAAAGACUGGUGGCCAUGACAGAGCAAGAGCUGAUUGAGGAGAAAGGAAAGAUGGAGAAACUUCUUGGUCCUCAACUUGUCGCAUUCCUCCAGUCUCGUGCUAAGACCAAAUUAACCAAAGCUCCUCCUCCUGUUGUACCUGUUCCUCAAACCAGUUUAUCCAGUUUGGGUACCUCGUCUGACCAGUCUAAAUGGCUUCAUAUGAAUGUAGAAGAGAAAGAGAAGACAAGAUGGAUGGAGGAUGUCAAAAUAGACCCUAGCAAGAUGCCAGAGUUUUAUCGGGAGACAAGGUUUUCACUCAAUGGUCUAAUAAUACCUCGAGAUGUGGGCGUGGCUAUUUCAUCUGACAAGGCUCUUCAUCAUCACGGAGAUGAACCGGAAUGUGCUGGUUACACCUUGGGAGAAUUGAGUAGACUAGCUCUCAGUUCAGUUCACCAGCAGAGAAUACUGGCACUUCAAGUCCUCUCAUUCAUUAUGAAAAGAUCUGUUCACGGUGAAUAUAAAGGAUUGAUUGAGGGUCAUCCCCUCUCUGUUCUAGUUGAGUCUGAAGUAUUGACAAUGUUUCGUUAUACACUGGAUGAGUCACCAGAGAGCUUACAGUCGGUAGCUGUCUACGGUUUCCAUUGUUUGUUGGUUUUACCAGCUCAAGAUUAUCUCCUCUCUUGGCAUCAUGGCUCCUCCAUUGGUCAUCUUCUCCCUUACCUCACUCCUCUCCAAAGAGAGAGAGAUGAAGAGGAAGAGAGUGAUCAUGUCAUCAAAGACGACAUCGUCAAAGGAUUGCUUAAGAUGACACUGUUGCCACGGUUGCGAUACAUUUUAGAGGUGUGUCAGCCGCAGGAGGGCGUGGCAGUAAAGAUAUUAGAAAUAUUAAUACGAUUAUCACAGCAUUCAUUACAAGCAGCUGAUGAGAUUCUUCACUGUCCCAGACUAAUAACUUUCAUUUUUAAUUCUUUCCUUCCCCUUAAUCCAACCAAUGGUGGUGACUGCUUUUAUAGUAAGCCACACCCACUGGCUAUGAAACUAAUGGCCAGUCUCUGCAGAGCAAGUCGACACAUUGCAAAAGAAUUAAUUUCUACUCACAAUCUCCUGCCAGUUAUUCUCAAUCACGUUCUCAUUUUCCAAGACCACACCCCCUCUUUGACAUCAGAGGCUUGCAGGGUGUGGUCUGUGUUGCUAGGAUACAGUCUAACAGUCGAAACUGUCAGUGACACACUACCAAGUCUUUUAAAUAUCUUUUCAAGUCCAUCUCCAUUCUUAUUGCCUUCAGAUAAACUAGAGCGAGUCUCUUCUUUAUAUCUCCUCCUUUCCUCUGCCCUUGCUGCCAUUGUUACGAUACCCUCGUAUACUUCUCCUUCAUUUCAUGUCGUUGAUCACGCUCUCAAAGCCUUGACGAGAGUUUUAAGAGAAUGCAGAGAUUCCGAUAAGGAUAUCAGCUUGGAUAUUGUCCAGUACAUUACAUCUUUAUUGAGCAUUCCCUGUGUUUAUUACAGAGCCUUCAGUCAGAGGCCUGAGUUAAGAGUGAAUCCAGUUUCAUUGCUAGAGGAAGUUGAGUCAGUGGUAAAUGGAGUGAUGAAGUUAUUGUUGUCAUCAAAACUGUAUUCUUUCAUCACUAAGACUCUUCUUUCCCUUCUAGAAGUACUGGAUUCUCUAUCAUCAUUCUCAUACUUACCAUCUUUCAUAUCAUCUUCACUCUCUUCCAAACCAGCCAUUUACAAUAAAGACGCAAUGGAAGAGAAGGAUUAUCCCCUUCUGAGUCACAACCAGUCUGUUGCUCUUGUUUUUAGUGAUCUUCUCUCCCUCUCACAGCAGCUCUGUUUGUCACUGUGUCAGCUCCAUCAUGGAGUAGCCAUUGAUAUUUGUCAGCUUGUGUUGAGUAGUGGGAGCCAUUGGAUUCAAUUGAUGGAGAAAUUUGUUAAUACAAGCAUAACAAAUUCAUCUUUGCCUUAUCUUCAUGUAUAUCAGUGUCUCUUCUCAACUGUUAAAUUAUUACUUUUAGAGCCAAGUGCAUUGGAUGCAUCUCAACUAUGCUUGCUUCACUGUGUCUCGCUCUCUCUAUUGACCUAUUCACCUCUUGGCUAUGAAUCGCAUGCCAUAGAUCUCUUGAAAUCAAUCAUAUUUAAUCCAUUCCUUUACAUAGACGGACAAAAGGAUGUGACUCCUCCCUUAAGUAAUACCAUCUCAUUUGAGUCUAUUUCCCCUCAUCUCCCAUCUGUUAAUGAUAUGUAUGUGAAGCUCUGUAGUUCAUUCAUCAGUGAGAAAGACGUGGUCCGUUCCUCUUGUGUCAUGAAUGGAGAUAUGUCUCAAGUGGAUACGCAGUGUCUCCCCAGUCAGACAAAAUUUGUAUUACCGUCUAAUUGGCUCCACCUGCCCCUCCUUGCUAAGAUCGAUGAAAAUCAAACGGAUGGUGAUCUUGUCACAUCUCAUGUGUCACAUUGCUUGUAUUUUAUAUUAUUUCUUGAGACUCAACGCAGUCAGUUUAUGCAGCAGACCAGCUGUUCUGAGAGAUUGAUAAGAGUAAUGUCAACUUUCUUAAUAAGUUCUGAUAUUUUCUUUGAGCCAGUAAUCAGUUCCUCUCUCUCUUCUCUCUUUUCUUGUUAUUCUAACCCAAACUUUUUUCGUUUUGUUGAUUUUUCUCUCAGUCCUUCAUUUCAAGAAUUUCAUACUAACUUGCUUGAUCAUUUUGCUGCUGUCUCAUACGGACACCAAACCUUUUCUACUUUCCUCCUCUUUCCAUUGCAGCAAAGACACUCUGUCUCUUUCCGUAAAGACUUUUGGAUUGACCACACGCAUAUUCUCAGAUUAAUCACUCUUGCCCCUUCUCAAUUCUCAUUACCACUGGACUCAUUCCUGUACCCAAUAGAAUGGGAAUCAGACUUGUUGAACCAAUAUCUCAGAGUAUUGGCAUCAGAAGUCAUCAACGAGCAACGUAACCCUCUUUUAUUUGGCAUUGCUGCUCAUCAUGUCUCUUCUGCUAUUAAUUCUACAAAGGAGAGAUCACAGGAUUACACUGGUAGUAGUGAGACAUGCAAGAGGUUAGCUUCUGCUGUGGAAAGACUUCCAAAUCAACUAUUGAGAAGACGUUUACUUUCUUUGUGAUGUAGUGGUAUGGAUCAUCAUUACUAGAUAAAUUUAUUUUAUCAUUCAAUGAAAAUGGAAAACUAUAUCUAAUCUAACUAAAAUGUUGUCACUGAGUUACUAAUUAAUGUGGCAUGUAUCAAUAGUAAUUAAAAUUGA